AUGAACGAUGAACAAACUAAGGAUGCAGUGGCGUUAGCGAUUCAGGAACCCCAGGCGAGGAGGAUUCAGGGACGACUCUUGACCACCCCGAUGGGGCACCACAAAUGGACGAAGAUGGUUCCCUCCACCUGGAGGGAAGGCAGAUGGGCGAUCCGAAGCAUGCUUUGGAUAAAUAAGGACGUGGAAGCGGAGCAAGUGCGGAUAGAGUCGCCAGAUCUGACAGCGGCCGUGAUCCGGCUUCCCGAACGACUGGUUUUGAUAGCAUCUGUUUACGUAGAAGGCGGGGAGGCCUCUGCGUUGAUCGACGCAUGUGAUCACCUUAGAAAGGCCAUCAUAAAGGUCCGGCGAAACACGGGCGCUGUGGUGGACAUCAUGAUUAUGGGAGACUUCAACCGCCAUGAUCAACUCUGGGGCGGGGACGAGGUGUCCUUGGGAAGACAGGGCGAAGCAGACCCGAUCAUCGACCUCAUGAGUGAAUUUGCUCUCAGUAGCCUGCUCAAACGAGGCACGAAGACAUGGCAGGGUGAAGGACAGAAUGGGGACUGCGAAUCCACAAUUGACCUCGUCCUGGCCUCCGACAAUUUGGCAGACCUGAUGACCAAAUGUGUAAUACACGGGACUGAGCACGGCUCGGAUCACCGAACGAUUGAGACGGUGUUCGAUGCACCGUGGUCAGCCCCGAAGCACCAGGAACGACUUCUUCUGAAGAACGCGCCAUGGAAAGAGAUCAAUGCUAGAAUUGCGAGUACCCUAGCCACCACUACGUCGGAAGGCACUGUACAGCAGAAAACCGACCGAUUGAUGGCGAAAAAUACCUCAGCUCGAACAGAUAGCCCAGGAUGCGGCAAAACAAUAUCAUGA